AUGCAUGCAGGGUGCUGUAUUAAUUCAGAAACUUCAGGGAUGUUGGUAUGCCGCUGAUUUUACGCUAUUUUCAAAUGAAGCUUGAGAGUUGAAUCAUCAGUGGACUGAACCCCUUGACACGAACUACAAGAUGGUUAUUAAAUGCUGUUUGAAACAUGGCGGGCAAGGCGGUGCAUUUGAGUGUGGUGAUCGCGUGUCUCGUCUUCCUUUUCAGCGCUGUAAUCUGCAGUGCUACUGGAGUGGUUUUGCCAGCGAAUAUUAAGGUCUUGGAAUCCUGCCAAACUGACAACUACAAUAGAUGUUUUGAAGCCAGGGUAGACUGGAGGUGGCUACGGCUGUGGAGCACUUUAAAUGUUAAAGUUGUCAAUGUUGGACCCCCUGACACUAAGAUUACGGUCGUUGUUGGAGCAAACAUGACCGAUGUGGAGAAGCAUUUGUCCAAGAAGAACGGCAUCCUUCCAUCCUUGCUCCCACCAUGGGUGUGGUCUCAACCGAGGGGGAUGUCUCCACUCCAUAACAACUGCAUUGGAGUGAGAGCCUCUGACCAAGUGGAAGUUACCGUCACCGAAACCUAUGUUCAUUGGAUGUAUUUCCUCUUGACUGUCGGUGGCGUGAGCUUAGUCUUUGCUGCUCCAAGACUCAGCAAGAGUGUUGUGUUCCAUUAUUCCACCGGUGUGACUUUGGGCACUGUGGCAUCUCUCCUCAUUCUGGUGUAUAUUCUUAGUCGUUUUAUCCCAAGGAGAACUGGGGCCCUUUCUCUUCUUCUCGGUGGAUGGGCAGUGUGUUUCUACUUUGUACACUGGGUUUUAGACAACUUCCUUGCUCUGCAGUACAAACCCUACCUGAUAGGCUAUGUGGUGCUAGCGGCCUUCAUCAGCUUUGCUGUGUGUUAUUGGUACGGACCGGUCACCAGUGACCGCACCAUCUACCUAAUACAGCUUUGCAUUCAGCUCUUGGGGCUGGUCAGCAUCUACAAUGGCUCCCAGCACGAGGCCUCAACAGUGGCGAUCAUAGCAGUGCUGGCUGUCAUCUGGUGGUUGCCUCGAGGACGAAUGAAGAGAGCUGGAUCAAUACUAAGGUGGUGGAGUAACCAGCAGGUGAGAAUACGAUUGCUGACGGAGGAUGAGUAUUACGAGCAGGGCCGGGUUGAGACCAGGAAAGCUUUGGAUGAGCUCCGGGAAUUCUGUCGAAGCCCAGAGUGCAAUCAGUGGCAGAUGAUCGCCAAACUGGAGUCCCCGAAAAGAUUUGCCCAAUUUGUUCUGGGUGAUGAAGAUCACGUGAGCCGAGCUGAGUCAUCAGCCUAUGAAGAUGACCUGUCACUUUUGACCCUUGAUUCCAGUGACGAUGGCAGUGGCAGAAUGACAAGUGACAGUGACAUGGAAACAGAGUGAUAUUUUGAAAUGCAAUGCUGUCACCUUAUUUGUUUUUAAUGGAACAGUUUUAUUUAUUUAACAUGCACCCUUUUUUAAACAGCCCUUUCUUUCCUCUUUGCUGUGCGUAGUGUAAACUUUCAUUUUCAAAAUUAGCUUCCCAAAAAUCAAUUGAGACCUAUGAAAAAUUUUCUCUUUGUUAUAUAUUUGAAGAUUAUACAUAUUUUAUUGACAGUGAAGAUAUGAAAGUUUACUGUGUUGUUGCAACAAGGUUUAAUGUAGAAACUUCUAUGCAAUUUCGCCGGUGCCUUGACUUAGAAAUAUGUCUUCUUUAUCAAACGAAACGGUCAAGAUUUAGGAAAAAUAUUUGCUGCUUCAUUUUACGAUGAAGUAUUUGAGGAGAAUUCCUGAAGUGAUAGGAGGGUUCCCGUGGUCAUGGAAGAUCCUGGAAAAGUUAUUCUAGAAAGGUACGGAAAAGUCAAGGAAGAAAAACAGUUGUGGAAAAGUCGUGGAAAUCAUGGUCAUGCGACAAUUAAUUUUGGUGGGCAGCUUUUGAGGAGAUAAUAGAAUAGCGAGACAGUUAUUGGGUCUAUCCUUGUGAAACUAUCUGCGUUGAGCAGAAGCACCCCCUCAUGGAUUGAAAUGAGCCAUGUUGGUUGGGAGUGUUCAUUUGCUGGCGGCAAUGCACCCGUAAUGCGUGCAUUUCAUAGCUAUUUGUGAACCAGCGAAGUGCAGUUCUGACCAAAGCAGCUGCUGUUGCUAGGGACCAAAGCAGCUGCUGUUGCUAGGGACCAAAGCAGCUGCUGUUGCUAGUAAAAUUGCGCCCUCUCUUUGUGCAGCUCAGGGCUCUUAGUAGUGGCCAUGGCAGUCUCCCAGUUUAUACAUGUAAAAUGGCGCUAAACCUCAUGGAAGAAUUGUCACAUUUAAUCCUUGAAAGUUCUGGAAAAGUCAUUGAAUGUGGUUACAGAUUUCUUUGAGAACCCUGAAUAGGUGAGCAACUCAUUGUGCAGUGCAGCCCUCUGUCUUUAAGAAACCCAGGGUGGAAGAGCGAAAAAAAGGUAAAAAGGAGGAUCUAAAGUUUAAAAAGAGCGGGGGACAUAUUUAUUUCAACAGGUGGAAAUACAAUGGGACGAAUGGCAUUACAUUCAUGUACUGAUGGUGCCAUCCUUAAUUCUUAUCUCUCCUCCCCACCUGUUUCCCAUCAGUAGCAAGGGAACCGUUUUCAGAGUUGGGUAUCGGACAUUAAUAGACCAAUCCAUUAAGCUCCACCCUAUUAUAUGGCCUGCCAAAAGUGUGGGGGGGGGCAUGCUCCCUGGCCUACCUUCCCUGUCUUCCAUCACCAUUGAUUCCCAUAGGAAAGCACACAUGCAAACAAAGCUUAACCCAUAGAGGAAGGACACGGAAGGAGUUUGAACUGCCCGGGCUGUAACAUCUGGCCAAUUACCCCUUUCUGGCAUGCCAGGUGUGUGCAUAGCCAGAGCACAGCGAAUGCUUGCUAUGCACCAUCAGUUUCACAACCACAAAACCCCUUUGAUCACCACC